AUGUUUAUACAAUUGAUUAUUAUAUUUACCACUGGUGGAUUAUUAGAAUCUGUUGAAUUGUGCAAUGUUAAUAAUACAAUUGAUGGCAAACCACUUCUCUUGAUUACAUUUGGAAAUGGCACAGAAAAUUUUUCUACGAAAACACCGCCCGACUUUAAUUUUUCUACAAAUCAUAAACCAGGUAAGCCAUCCAGGAUAGAUGCAGGUGAAUUCGGUUUUAUGAAUAAAGUUCCUCAGGGUAAUGAUGAUUGGCACGUGGGAACACCUGAUCAUACGGAGAAUGAUGAUGGCGGGUAUAUGUUUUUGAUCGAUAUUAACGAAAACCGAGGCGCUAUAUUAUUCCAGUACAAUGUCAGUGGUUUAUGUGCUGGUCAACUUUAUGAAUUUUCUGCUUAUUUAGCAAAUGUUAAAAGGAAAGAUCCAAGUGCUUUAGACCCAAAUGUCCGCUUUCAAGUUCAAGUGCCGGUAAAUAAUAAUGAUUCCCUUGCACAAAAAGAUACGAGCAAUAUAUCUCAAUGUGACCAGUUGAUUUGGUUAAAACAUUGUCUUUCGUUUAAUGCAUCAAAUAGUACAGUCGUUCUGUUAAUGACUUCAAAUGUCCACGGUGGUAGAGGAAACAAUAUAGCCAUUGAUGAUAUUGAAUUACGCCUUUGUCCAAAUGAGGGAUGUGCUCCCUGUUCGGCAGAUUUAACAGCAGAUAAAUGCGUAGCUCCAACCACAACAACUACAUCAACAUCUACAACAACAUCCACAACUUCAACUUCAACAAUAACAUUGACUACCUCAAUGUCCACAACAACAUCAACUACAUCAACGUCAACUACAACAUCAACUGCCUCAACGCCAAUGACAACAUCCUCAACCUCGACAUCGAUAACAACAUCCACAACUUCAACAACAACAUCGACUACCUUAACGUCCACAACAACAUCAAUCACAUCAACUUCAACAGCAAUAUCAACUACAUCAACGACGUCAACAACAAGAAAUGUGAACACAGAUGCAACAUCACUUAUAGCUACAGUACAAACAGAAAAUUCAAUCAGUUAUUUUUCUUUCAUUUCAGUUGUCGAAGAGUCGCCACUUUUUAUUCCUAAAUCUUGUGGUGAUCUAACAUCUAUUGGUCUUAAUUGCAACAUCUCUGCUAGCCCAUGUAAAAUUGCAAACCUUUGUCAAAACGAUGGCAACUGUACUGCUGAUAAUACAACAUCCUAUGGAUACAUUUGUUCAUGUCCAUUUGGUUUCCAUGGUAUAAAUUGUGAACUUGAUAAUCGACUUUGUAAACCUCAUAUCUGUUUAAAUCAUGGUAAAUGUAAUGAAACAUCAGAUACAACAUUUGAUUGUUUAUGUGAUAAUGGUUGGGAAGGUAUGCAUUGUGAAUCAAUGACAAAUUAUUGUUCAAAUAUCACUUGCGAAAAUAGUGCUAUUUGCCGUCCAUUAUUACUUAAUUAUAAAUGUGAAUGUCUUAGUAAAAAUUAUUAUGGUCGUCAUUGUGAAUUUAGUACAACGAAAAUAAUUAUUUAUAAAAUAAUUUCGAAAUCAUUUGCUUAUAUUGCUAUUGUUGCAAUGACAAUUGUGGCAAUGUUUGUUGUAAUAAUGGAUAUAUUAACGUAUUGCUUUGGUAUUGAUCUAACACGUGAAGAACGAGAAAGAUUUCGACGAGAAAAACGAGGAAGAAGAUGGAAUCGUCUUGUUAACCGAAAUCUUAUAUAUGUUAAUGCACUAUCAGAACCAUUUGAAAAAUCGAAGACAAUUACUGUUAAGAAUAGAGUUUAA